UGGCUGAGAAAAGACAAAAUCGAAGGGCUCAGGCGUUACAAAAGGAGCGCAGAAGGACUGUGGAGGUGUAUGAAAACACGAAGGGGACAUGGCGUGGCAGCAGGGUAACAUAAGAAGAUUUCAACCCACCACAGGCUGUGUUCUUGCGGUGAAAGUCGAAGAGUCGAGUUAACCGUCUGCUCGAGCUUCAUUCCGCCCGCUUGGUUCUGCGUUUGUGCUUCUUGUGGUUCUCUGUGGAGUCUGCGGCUAACCGUGUGACAGCAGAAACGUGCCACUCAGUAUGAGUCGAGAUGCAUGGGCGAAGAAGAGAGCCAAUGCCAGUGAUGACAACGGUUGGGCUGAGAGGGGAGGCUACAUGGCUGCCAAGGUCUCUAAGCUGGACAAACAGUUUAAACUUGAUGCUCCCAGAGAAAAACAGAAGGAAGGCACUUGCUCCAGUAUCUUCAGUGGAGUGGCCAUUUUUGUCAAUGGAUACACAGAGCCAAGUUCAGAUGAGCUACGCAGAUUAAUGAUGCUGCAUGGGGGCCAGUUCCACAUGUACUACUCUCGCUCCAAGACCACCCACAUUAUUGCCAGUAACUUGCCCAACAGCAAAAUUCAGGAGCUGAAAGGAGAAAAGGUUGUCAGGCCAGACUGGAUCACUGACAGCAUCAAGGCUGGGCAUCUCCUGCCUUACCUGCAGUACCAACUAUAUGUUAAACAAAGAGGACUAACUUUCACUUCAGCAAAUGUUCUUCAAGCCUCGGCUAUUGCAGGACCCAGCCAUGGCCAGUCUCAUCAAGGUGUCCAACAAAACCAUCAGCCGCUAAAGGACAGCAUUCAGGACUCUGGGCUUAUCCAGUCCUCAUCCACUUCCCGUCCAUGCACUUAUCCACGCCCUCUUUAUACAAAUCCCAAGCAUUGGAGUCCUUUACACGCCCAUCCAAACACCAAGUCGAGCUCCACCAUGCAGCCUCUCAUAACACCUCGUGCUAGUCUCCAGCCUGAGUCUGUUAGCUCUCCGCAACCUCAGCUCACCCUGUCCUGCAACAGCCUCGAAAGGAGCAGAAAAGAUCUGGAAUUAAAAUUAAGUGGAUCGCUGCAGACCUCCCUGGAUCUGAUGAGCCAUUCAGUAACAAAUGAAAUGCAAGAGUGUGAAAGGGAGGAUGAGGAUGAUCCCCGUCUGUUUGGAGCCACGCAGAUGCUGCAUGAAGCACCUCUGACCAACGGACAUUCUCACUUUAAUGGUGCCUUAAUGCCGGAGGACCUCUCACCUGUUAGUGAUGACACAGACCUGCCCCAGUUCAGACGGGUCAGUCCAGAGUGUAAACCUGCAAGUUCUGUAAUAGAGGUUGAGAAGGGCCCCGAUCCAUACGAGUUUCCUCACAGCCCCCCAAAGGAAUCCAGUGUGUCCUCUGGUUUGGUGCACAAUUGUAACUCACAAGUGACCAGUGAGCAGUGUCCAAAACGUGAAUCGCCCUCUUCUUUGGUGGCUGGAAAUGCAGCCAAAACCCUUGCGGCACUGCCACAGAUACAGCUGCCCUGUCUGGUUGACUCAAAUCCAGAAAAGACUCCAGUUUCUCCUUCACCCUGUUCUCUUUCGCGCUCUUCUGUCCGACUGAAUGGGAGUCAUCACACUGCCUUUCUGUCUGACCCUGUUUUGUUCGAUACAGACAACGUAACAGCCAAUCCAGACUCCCACACUGACCAAACGGUGUCAUCCAAGUCUUCAGCACAGCUGCUGGCACAGACUGGCGGUUUGAUCUCUGAGUUCUAUUCUCACUCUCGCUAUCACCAGAUCUCCACAUGGAGGACUGGUUUUUCUGAUUAUGUUAACGAACUGCACAGCAGAAGGAGGACAGCAGGAGGUGCUUCUUUUCCAGGGAAAGAGUGGCUGAAGAAAUGUGCAGCCCAGCGUUCUGCAAGAGCUCCAGGUAUGUCAGCCCCAUCCAGUGUUAAAUCGUGUAUUCUGCACGUGGACAUGGACUGUUUCUUUGUGUCUGUGGGGAUCCGACAUCAGCCAGAACUCAAAGGGAAGCCUGUAGCUGUGACCAGUAACCGCGGUCAUGGACGUGUUCCCCUGAGACCCGGAGCCAGUCCUCAGGUGGAGCAGCAGUACUACCACAGGAAAUUCACUCAUGCUCAGCCAGAGAGGGAGGGCGAGGAUUUACACAGAACUUCUUCCCAAGAGAGUUCUGACUCACCUACCAAUGGGGUGGACCAGGACACUGCUGCUCUCUCAAUGGCUGAGAUUGCUUCUUGCAGUUAUGAAGCUCGGCAAGCUGGUGUAAAGAACGGGAUGUUUUUCGGCAAAGCAAAACAGUUGUGUCCCUCUCUGCAAUCUGUUCCAUAUGACUUUGAAGCCUAUAAAGAUGUGGCUCUCACAAUGUAUGAGGUUCUGGCUAGUUAUACUCAUAAUAUUGAGGCUCUGAGCUGUGAUGAAGUGUUGAUAGACGCCUCUGCUGUGCUCACUGAGCUGGGUAUUAGCCCAGAAGACUUGGCUACAGCGAUCAGAACAGACAUCAAGGAGAAAACAGGAUGCUCCGCUUCUGUGGGCAUGGGGUCAAACAUCCUAUUGGCUCGUCUGGCGACACGGAAGGCCAAGCCUGAUGGCCAGCACUUGCUGAAGUCUGAGGAAGUGGAUGAUUUCAUCAGGGACCUCUCUGUGACCAGCUUACCAGGCGUGGGGCCUGUUAUGGGGCACAAGCUGGCUGCUAUGGGUGUGAGGUCCUGUGGGGACCUUCAGCAGGUGUCUCUCUCUCAGCUGCAGAAGAAGUUUGGACCCCGCACCGGACAAACUCUAUUCCGCUUCUGCAGGGGCCUUGAUGACCGACUGGUUCAGUACGAGAAAGAAAGGAAGUCUGUCUCAGCCGAGAUGAACUACAACAUUCGUUUUACAAGUGUUGAUGAAGCAGAAUCUUUCAUGACCAAUUUGUCUAUGGAGGUGCAAAGACGUCUGCAGGAAGCAGGUUUGCGGGGUCGGAGAGUGACCCUUAAGGUCAUGGUUCGCAAGGUGGGGGCUCCACUGGAGUCGGCUAAGUACGGCGGUCACGGCAUAUGCGAUAACAUAGCGAGGACUGUCAUGCUUGCGCAGUCCACUGACAGCGGCCAGCUGAUUGCCUCUGCAGUCAUCAAGCUGUUCCAUGCUAUGAAGUUGCAAGUUCAGGACCUGAGAGGAGUGGGCAUUCAGGUGCAGCUUCUGGACAAAAAACACACUGUUGACAAGGACUCCACCGGCCCACGAACACGCUCCAUCAAAGAGAUGUUGCUGGAUCACACGCUCACAGCUCGAUCCAGGAACAGAGUUGACGAUGACAAACAUCAGGAAAAGACCUCCUCCACCACGGCCUCAUCAUGUGGCUCAUCUCCACGCCCGCUGUCCCCAGCUGAGCCCAUCCCUGGGACAAGCAAAGAAGCCAGAGCAUACAGCCACACUCCAAAACACGCUCAAACAAGGCUCAACCUGAGUAUUGAGGUUCCCUCUCCUUCACAGGUGGAUCGUUCCGUAUUGGAGGCCUUACCUCCAGAAUUGAGAGAGCAAGUAGAGCAGACUUGGACUUACAGAGACGGGAGACCCAACUACUGUGAUUCAAACAGUCUGCAGCCAACAUCAGGCCCUCCCUCUCCUCCUCCUGGCCCUCCAUCUGUAGGCAGAUUGGUACUACAAAUUCCAAACCAGCCAGACUGUGCGAGCAUUGUACUGGAACUGCCUAGCUUCUCGGAGGUUGAUCCAGAUGUAUUUGCUGCCCUUCCCAAAGAGCUCCAGGAUGAACUGAGAUCUGCUUACGGCCAUGUCAAAAGUGUCCAGCAUCAAGAAAAACCACUGGAGCAAAAGAAUCCACUCCUGCAGCUAAAACAGCCAGGAGCCGCAAUCGGCAUCGGACGGGUAAAACGGAGCUGCAAAAGGAAGAACGCCGUGAGCCCAUCUAAAAAAGGACCUUCUCCACGGAAGAGGCCUCACACGGGAAGCAGCCCGGCCAAAACCAUGCUGGCCUGUGUCAGAGCACGGGAACAGAUGAAUGUACUGAAGACUGAAAACGGUCCCUCUGCCUCGACCUCACACCAGGACCUCCCAGAGCCCGUGUCCAAGUUCACCCCUCGCCCCGCACCGACAUUAGCCGGAGCUUGCGACUUAAACGACAUAAAAACACUCCUGCGGGAGUGGGUCACCACCAUUACAGAUCCUAUGGAGGAGGACAUCCUGCAGGUGGUGAAGUAUUGUACUGAUCUGAUCGAGGAUAAAGAUCUGGAGAAGUUGGAUUUGAUUAUUAAAUAUAUGAAGAGGCUCAUGCAGCAGUCAGUGGACUCUGUUUGGAGUAUGGCUUUCGACUUCAUCCUCGACAACGUGCAGGUAGUGGUGCAGCAAACGUACGGCAGCAUCCUGAAGGUCACAUGAGGCAGCAAAAUCUGACAAGGUCAAGGUCUAACAAGAAAUUGCAGCAUUAAAAGGACAGAAAAAGGUUAAAAAGAGCCGCGGCAGUAUUAAAGUGCACCACUCAUUGCGCUGUCUAAGGGACAAAAAACACAAAUAAGUAUUGCUGACAUGAUUAUGAGCCAACUGUUUAUAUAUAAAAAAAAUCUAAUUGUAGCAGGAUUUGUGACAGAUGUCACACUACAUCAUAGUCUUCUCUAAAUUAGGCAUUUUCACUCAGUAUAACACCAUAUCGCAUUAAAAUGCUGUUGGCCUGGAAAGCAUUUACAUUCUGUUUGAAAAUUGAAUUUUUUUAUUUUUUAAACAAAUUGUAUUUUAUGCAAGUACUCAGUCUGUGAGACUGUUUGCUUAAACAUGCAUCCUGGUUUUAAAGGUCCUAUAAAUGAUUCAGAGCCACUAGAAAUCAAAGAAAAGCACCAGCUUCCUUUUGGCCACCCCCCAGCAACGUUUUGCAAACUCAGAGACACAAGCACAACUGACCGCGGUCACUACUCUCAGUAAAUGUUGGGAGGGGCAACAAUCUCACAAGGCGGAACUCGCAUGCACUGUGGCUGAUCCAACUAUGUAAAACAGAAAAGCUCCGAUCACAAGACACACACAGGGAGCAUUGCUUCACUCUCUGCGCUGGACGCCGUUACGCCACUACAUCUUUAUGAAGAAAAUAGUUGUUGGCUGCCAUAUUAAUGUUUAAAAUGUCAUUUAUAGGACCUUUUUAAAGAUUUGAGGUUUAUUGGUUUUAUCAGUGUUCAACAGUACAACAAAGAGCAUUGAACACAGCUGCAUUCAAAGUCACCCCCUCCCCACCCUCGGUCCCUUACCAGUGAAAGUGCCAAUGUUUGUUAUUAUAGCAUGUAAAUAAUGUUUUGAAAGAUCCUUGUUCCAGGAUUUAAAAGAAAAAUUGUGUUGAGGCUUUACCUCUUUUACUGUUUACAUGUACUGUACUCUUAGUAAUUGUCUUAAACUUUACAUGUUUGUAAUUGGUAGAAAUUUGAAGUUGGCCAAAGCACUUCACAUAUAACCAAGAGGUUAACCUUUGCUUCCCAGUAGCAUUCUGAUUUGGAAGGAUAGUGACAGGUGUUGAGACAGUCAAUGAGUUUUCCUAUGCAUUUUCUCUUUUUGGCUCACGAGAUGUCCUUUAGUGACAUGUUAACUUUUCAGUACGUGCACCUGCUAUUCUUAAUACUUCCAGCCUAGUUACGUGUUUGACGUACCUCAACAAGGACGCAGUGGAGGAUUUGCAUAGGGAACGGGUCUGAUUUUUAAACAUCCAUCUUGCGUACUUGAUAUUUCACACGGCUAGAUCGCUGGACACACGUCUGCCGGGUUAGUGUUUAUUAAAAAACAAAAGUUCUUGGAAGCAGCAGGCAGUCUUGGUGAUUUCUUACCACCAGGCAUCAUGCAUGUGGUUGAAAACUUUGCUCAGUAUGGCAACCAAUAUGCAAUUUAGUCACUGUACAUCAUUCUUUUUGCCUAUUGAAUGUAGUUUUAAAAUCAGUCUCUGUUCUCACGUGGCUGCCUCACAUCACCUGUCAUAUCUGUCCUGAAGGGAAUGGCCAUGAGUAAAAAACUAAAGGGACAGUCUUUUUCAAACUGGCCUGUGCCUAAAGACCUGAAGCUGUGAAAUUGUUUGUAAGUUUUCUAAAUCUUGUUAAUAAACUGUAAAAUAUGAUUUCUCA